AUGCAACCAAGUGGUUCCACUCUCCCUCCUUAUAUCUUCUUCGCAAAGAUAGCAUCUGCAUGGGACUACAGAGCAUGACACUUUACUCUCUUAUAAAAAGGGAACCAAAUUGGUUUCAUCCGCACUUGUUGAUUUGAUUCUUUUGUCUCUCAUUUGUCAAGAACAAAGUGUGUUCAUUCAUGGAGGGAGAUAAAAAAGUCUCUAACUACAGUUUUCCACCUGGUUUCAGAUUCCACCCCUCUGAUGAGGAACUCAUAGUUCAUUACUUGCAAAACAAAAUCAGCUCCCGUCCACUUCCAGCAUCCAUCAUGGCUGAGAUUGAUCUGUACAAGUAUAACCCGUGGGAGUUACCAAAGAAGUCUUUGUUUGGGGAGGAAGAAUGGUAUUUCUUUAGCCCCAGGGAGAGAAAGUACCCAAAUGGGUUGAGGCCAAACAGAGCAGCAGCUUCAGGGUACUGGAAGGCAACUGGAAUAGACAAGCCUAUUAUUUCUUCUUGUGGAUCAAAGCGAAUAGGAGUGAAGAAAGCUCUGGUCUUUUAUUCAGGUCGACCUCCCAAGGGGGAAAAGACUGAUUGGAUCAUGAAUGAAUAUAGAUUGGUUGAUACAACCACCAAAUCCUCCAAGCUAAAAGGUUCCAUGCGGUUGGAUGAUUGGGUCUUAUGCCGGGUUCGGAAUAAAGGCUACUCAUCCAAGAAUUUAGGUGAAAAUCAAGAGAUGUCUUUUGAGCCAAACUUGCCUGCAAACCUACUGAGGAGUGAAGAGUAUCCAACAAACCCAAACUUUCAAGCUGGCUUGAUCAAAGAUUAUCAAUACAAAGACUAUCAGAUCAUAGCAUCUAUUCUCAUUGGUGGAACUAUACCUCCCACUGAGAACAUGUCAAGUCUGAGAUUGGAAAGCAGCAAAGGAAACCGUGUAACUUCAGUCUGUGAAGAUGGUUUCGAUAAAGUGAUUUCUCAAACCACAAUUCCUUCCUUGGGAAGUUACCUCAACCCACUGAAAAGAAAAUCUAACGAGGAUGAUCAGUAUGAAAAUCUGAUUUCCUUUAACAGAAAGUUCAACACUGAGAACAAAGUAGACCAUUCUCCAAGCAAGGUGUUUACCAAUAGAGAAUUGAACUGCUAUAACCAAAAUCAGUCUCAAGAUGACAUUUUCAAUGGGACCCCGCCAGAUCCUAGCAUCAGUUUCCAACAGCUAAACGAGAUAGCAUUUACUGGGAGAUACACGCUGUGAGGAAAGGACUAACUGUAAGACAGUCAACAAUCCUUUGCUUCACUGAAUCACAGGUAGAUUAUCAUGGAUUAUACAACUUAAGACAUAGAAGUAACUGAAAUGGAUCGGGAUCCUCUCAUGUGGAACUUCCUCAUGUCAUCUAAUGUUGAAACCGUGUAUAUAUCUCUCUUCAUGUGUAUUAAAUAGGUGAGACCCUUUGAAUAUUCAUGAAUAGAGAGAUAGACACAAUGUUUCACUAGACAUAGUCGUGUGACUUGAGAAGAUCUUAAUCUAACCGAAAUAUGAUAGGCCUCCAACAUGAUUAUAAUUAUAGUUAUCUGCAACAUGGAGCAAUAAAUAGAUAUAGAAGUUCUCCUGUAUUUAUGAAAUUCCUUUAAAACUAUGUAAAUAAUGCCCUGGACAAAUAAACAAGAUUGUCAUUGGCCAAUAGCUUCCUACUAUAUCCUGCACUUUGUCAUUGAAACCUUAUCCUACUUAGUAACGAUAACUUGUAUUUAAUUUGUAUUCUUAUGGACAUGGAAAUGAAAACU